GGAGGGGACCUUGUUCGGGAAGUCGGAAGCCUAUGUUCAGGCGACAAGAACCUGAUUUUCCGACGUACUCCGUCGAUGGUCAGCGUUUGUAUUAUUUUUUCGGAAUCGACAGGAACGGAAAGCAGUUUUUCGGUCAUAGGCUUUGGAGAGGAGGGUUACUGUUUGGAAAGGCAGAAGCCUUGGAUGUAUCCCGUUGACAUGGGCAGCCCCUGCUCCGCAAGAUUUUUCAAAGAUAAUCGGAAAACGGCUUUUCAUCGAUAGGUCCUGUGGAGAAGGAGGACGCCAUACAGAGAGGCAGAAGUUUUUUGGGUAGUAAUUCAUCUUUAGUUUGAAUGGAUUCCUUCCGCAGGACGUGGGGAGCCAGGGUGGACUGGAAGAAGCUUAGGCCCAUGAUCCUCAAGAGAAUACGCGCCAGGAGCCGAGAUUACCCAGUAAGGAGCAUGGUCCCCGUCGCAGCCGAUGUCCUUAAAUCGAGGCUUCUUCUGAUCGAAGGCGUCUCCUCUCUUCUCCACUUUGUUCCCAUCAAGUCCUGCAGAUUCUGUCCUGAAGUUUCUAUUAGUCAAUCUGGUCACCUAAUCAAAAGCUGCCAAGGAUACCGGCGCAGCGCAAAGGACCAACUCCACCAAUGGAUAGAUGGUCAAGCGAGCGACAUUCUUAUUCCUGUUGAAACCUUUCACCUCCACAAUAUGUUCCAGGAUGUCAUAAGACAUGACCAAAGAUUUGAUUUUGAACGGGUCCCUGCAAUUGUUGAGCUUUGCACUCAAGCUGGAGUGGACACUUCUGGUGAAGGUAAUGGCUUUUCUAACGAUAGUCAUGACAAACUUCCAAGUGAUGUCCUGCCUGGAGAGCUGCGUUCCAUAGCUCAGAGGACACUGGAGGCAUGGGAAAACAUGAGAAUGGGAGUGAAGAGGUUGAUGAUGGUGUAUCCUGUGAAGGUCUGUCAGUACUGUAAAGAAGUUCAUGUUGGUCCGAGUGGCCACAAAGCAAGGAUGUGUGGGCCCUUCAAAUACGAAGGUUGGAGAGGUAUGCAUUUUUGGAAGGCGGCUAGUGUAGACGAUCUGGUACCACCCAAACUGGUGUGGCACAAAAGGCCCCAGGAUCCUGCUGUGCUUACAGAAGCUGGUAGAGGUUUUUAUGGGCAUGCACCAGCCGUGGUUGAACUGUGUGCUCAAGCAGGGGCAGCAGUCCCAAAAAAAUACUUGUGCAUGAUGAAAGCAAAUGGUUUGACUCGAACAUAGAUCAAUUAUUUAUUAAUGUUAUGAUCUUUAAAAAAUCUGUGUGGAUGUAUAUGCAUUACUGGUUUCUGAGGGUGUUGGCACAACGGACGGGCAGGGGUUGGUGGACGGCCAGUUUCCAUUUUGUGGUGGCACUUCAAAGCACCGAAAACAGGCUCUGUGCUCUAGGUCUCGCUGCUCACCCGAGUGUACAUGCAUUAAUGAAAUGGUUUCUUCAUCCCUGACUAGCUGAAUCACUUGAUUAGUUCAUUCAUGUUUAUUUGUGAUUGAUCAAAAUUUUCGCUGUGCUCUUUUGACAAAUCCUUCAUUUUGUAACCU